AUGGGCCUCGUAGAGAGGGGUGCCGAGAUGCAGAAGCUGGACGCGCCCAGGCCAGGACGGUCCAGGGACCUCUUUGGGGUGCAACUCGAGGUUACCUCUUUGCUCCUCGAGGCCGAGAGACGUAAAUUGGCAGUCUUGCAGAGGGAGCUACAGGUCGCUCUUGCCGAGGGUGGGAGUGUCAAAGUGAAGGAGAAGCAGAGGCAGGAACUUCUGCACGCUAUAUCGAAGAUCCAGGGCCAGCACGAGCAGCUCGACAAGGAGUAUCGCAUCCACGCUGCGGGGGUGCUGCUCUGCAAUUCUCGCGGCUCCGGAAAGGCUGCCACGGUGUGCGGACUGGGGCGAAUCCUCGGCUACAUCGGCGGUAAGCCGUCGGUGAGGGCCACAAUGUCGCAGUCGGGCUCUGGGAGCUUGACAUUGCACGGGCAGAAUAGUCAAGGCUUGCAGCAGACCGAUGGGGUGGACCAGGCCCAGACGGCUUGUCAGAACGGCCGAGCAGCUGGCCAGACUGGUCAGGACAUCAAGGGGGACGUGUCCAAAAAGGGGAAAAAGGAGGUCCAGGACAUGUCCAAUGGGUUCGAGAACCGCACGAUGGAGUACGAGCGGUACACUCAGGAGAGGACCCAGGAGAGGACUGUGCACUCUGGAUUUCAAGGUUCCCAGUACAUUCCAGGAACCGGAGGCACAGAGGGACAACCAAAUCCCACUGGAAGACGACUUUCCACGGGACAACCCGAAGAUAGACACCCUGGGCAAAUCCCAUGCCAGCAGUAUCCCCAGGAGAAGGACCGAGUGCAGUACGUCUCACAGACCAGCACCCAAACCGUGCCGGUCCAGACGCAGCCUCAGUUCUCGCAAGAGUGUCCACCGGAACAGGUUCAGUAUCCCCAGAUCAGGUCUCAGUUCGAGGUCAGAUCGCAGAUGUAUCCUCAGGGCCAGUUCGGGGAAAGGGCCGGGUACGUGACCAGAGAUGUGACAUUCAGGGACCCCAAUCUGUAUCCCCCAGCAGGGGGAAACUCUUCGGUAUUCUCUGGUCAAGGACAGUACGUCUCGGUCCAGCACCAGCCUCCCCAGUCCACGAGUCCCCAGCCGCCGUUCUACCCGGGGGUGGUGGUCCCUCAGCAGGCGUAUGCUCAGUACCCCACUCAGCCUCAGUACCCGUACAGUCAGUAUCCCCAGACGGUCAUGAACCCGGUGCCGUAUCAUCCUCAAGCCGGGAUCUACCCUCAGCAAUUCGCUCAGCAACAGUCACCGAAUCCACAACGGUUCUCUCAGGAUCUGGCACAGUACCAAGCUCAGCCAAUCAUCCAGCCUAUCGCUCAGAACGUUGCUCACCAGAGUCUCACGGUGCCCAACACCGAGAGGCCCAAUCGAGGUCCCAAGCCGAUGGUACCUCCUAGAGUCAGCUCCAAGAUCACCCACGAUCAAGGCCACAGGAAGACCGCCAGUAUGGACGUGCCCAUGCAAAAGCAGCCGACAUUGCAGAAGUACGAGCCUCCAUCCGUAAAUCCCCAGGAACUAAUCAGAGCCGAUGGUGCACCCGUCGUGGUCAACCCGGUGGUCGUCGAGGGCCAAGAGAGGAGGUACUUGGCGCCGGUCAACCAGAAUCCUAGAACCAGACAAGACGGGCUCUACGUCGACUCUACUAUGGACCAGACGUCGAGGGAGAAGGUCUCCGAAAAUGUGGUUCCCGAGUGUGGGCUCUACGUCUCGCGGGCGGAGCACAGGAAGUCCAUCUCCGUGGACGUGACUUCUAGCUUCCAGAGAAGAAACGACACGAUCACUUUCACGUUCCCUGGAGAGAAUCAAGAGGUGAUGAUACCAGAUAGAAAGAUCGUCGCAGGAGUCGAGGCCAAAAGACCGGACGGAUCGGUGGUGUAUCCUGCCGAUCAGCAGAGAAGGCUGGAUGUGAACAUCAGGGCGUCUCCGAUGAGCUUCAACGAGAACGCCAGGCAGCAAGAGAACAGAAAGAGUGUCAGCGUGGAGCGGAAGCCAGAGCGAGGGAACGUUAGUCCAAACCAGCGGGCGAUCUCGCAAGAAAAUCGGCGAUCCGACUACUUCGAGGAUCACAGAAGGUCUCCGGUCACUCUAGAUGGGAAGAGAAUGGAAGACGUUCGUAGAUCGCCCAUGCCUUUUGUGCCGAUUCGCGACAUGACGGCUGAUCGCAACACCCAGAAGAGCCCCUCCUUCGUGAACCCGGCCUUUGAAAAAACCAGGCAGGAGCUGGUAAUCUGGGCGGAACUCCGCCAGAAGCAGGAGAUGGAGCGGGGAAUGAUGCAGGCUCCGAUCUUCUCCACCAGCCCAAGGUCCAGGAAUCAGAGCGAGGAGCGUCGGGACCAUAUUCGGGUGCAUCCGAUCACCGAGGAGCGCAAGGACCAAAGAAUGUCCCAGUCCGCCUUCCAGCCGAUGCCCAACAUCAGCCAGAGCACCAUCAUGGAGCAGCGUCGCCAUCUUCGCCAUGUCAGCGCGGAUUUGACGAAACACAUGGAACUGGUCAGGAAGGACUUCGAGGACCAACCCGUGACAGGAUCCGUGGCCAACCUGGGAGCCGCCAUCGCCACUUCGGCGGUUUCUUCCCAGCGUACCAGCCCCAAUCUCUGUCACCAGUAUCCCGCUCUCAGCGAGGCGAAGCUGGACACGAAGAACGCUCUGACAGUGGUCACCGACUUCGGGGACGUGACCGCAAAAUCCACGGAGCAGGUGGACCACAUAAUCCACAGCCACCGAAAGAGCCAAAACGCUUCCUUGCUCACCCACAGCAAGUCUCAGGCGGAGAACCUGCAAUCUCAGUCGGAAUCGGCCGACACCAGGAGCGACGUCUUGCAGCUGCAACAGCAGAUGCAGAACCAACAGAGCCUGGACAUGAUCUCCGAGAAACUCAGCCAAUUCGAGCGCCAGCAGAGCGACCUGCAGGCUCGGCUUCAGUGUCUGCAGAAUCACAAUCAGAUCCUGGACAAGGUCGCGCAGCUGCAGACCCAGCAGAACGAGAACAGGUUGCUCGGUCUGCAGGCCCCUGAGAAGUACCCCCAGCGACAGUCCGUCGACGUUCAGAUCUUGCAGACCGCAUCCACGGUAGUGGUGGACGCUCACCACCCCCACCUCUCGUCCAAUCACCUGGAACAUACCUGCGACAAGUCCGGAGCCUCUCAGCCCCAGCACCAGUUGCCUCAGACGCACUUUCAGAACACCUUGCACCCUGCCUCGUGCCCGUACUCGCAGCAGGCCGCACAGCUGCAGACUCAGCCUCCCUGCGAGAAGCUCUCUCCGAGGCUGCAAUACGAAGCUGCGGAGCCGGUCCACGUGUCGAUUCCCAGCAUGUCUCAGAUGCCUCUGCCAAAUCUGACCCAGUUUGACCGGGCGGAUGUGAGCAGGGGAUCCCUGCAAUUCCGAUUGUGCCCUGGUGACAUGUUGGAAAACGCGGUUUCCUCGACGAUCCCGACCCUGGGGUCGGCCGGGGUCGCCACUUUUACCGGGACCCUGAAGAAGGUGCCACCCGAGAAGCCACCCAGGACAUCUCUGAUCGUUCAGUCACCGGAAACCGAGAGCAACAGGAGCCAGCCAGCUAUCGGCCUAAAGCAGACACCGAAGACUCGGAAAUUUAUAGUUACCUCGAAUCUGUCGCGCAGGGCGAAAUUCGAAGGAUUUUCGGAGAUCGGGAAAGUGCUGACGAUGCCGAGGUUCUUGAGGAGGAGUCCUAGGGAGGAUGACGGAUCGGGAGUUUGA